CCGAGGUAGAGCCGCCAGCACCAGAACCUCGUACGCCUGGUGAUCCCAGAGGGUCUGGAGGAUCUGGCACGAAGUCUGGGCUGCCAUGAACAUACCGAUCGACAUGCAAAAGAUAGUUGUACAGACCAUUGUGGAGGUUGGCAUGGAGUCUGAACUGGCCGACACGGUUCCAGACAUCCUCGCGGAGCUGACGAAGGGGCACCGCUGCAAGGUGAAGGCAGUGGAGGAAGCUCUCUCGGCUGUCUUCGAGUGCGGCGCGGACCAGAACAGCUGCAUUGUACGAUUUCUGCUCCUGAUCUUCCCGAAAUCGCCAACGUCAGAGUGGGGUUGGUCCCGCGUGGGCUGGAAUUGGCAGCAGUGGUGGGGCAACGUCGACAAGAUUUUGACCUCGCUGGAUCCCACCAGCGCUUUUGAGGCCUUAUGCGAGCUGCUCAAGUCUAUAGAAGCUGACAGCGGCGCAUACCUCCCACACCAGCAGAUCUGGGAGCCCAAGCGACUGGAGACGGUGCGCAGUGCCCUCUGCAAGUACGGGGGUUUUCUGGAGGACGAGCUGAGCGCCGCAUUCGAUAUGGAGCUCAAAUAGGCGCGGGGCUCAUCAGUCUAGGAGCGGGGCGCGUCAGCCCGAUGUGUUGCAGCUCUUGCAGUUGGGACGGAGCGGCGCGAGACUGCAUCACCUAAU